GUCAAAUUUAGGUAAAUUAUGCGGGUUGCAUAAAAACCCUUGGGGGACAGCUAAACUACUACAACAAGAAUGAUUUCUUCACCAGGUGCCUAAAGCAGAGAUUCCCAAGUCGGACCUGAUGGAACGUUAUCCUCAGAUAGCCGGCUUCCACUUUGUCAGUUCCCUGGUAGGAACGGGCAUCCAAGAGCUGGAGAAGGAGCUGCUGCGUGUGACCUUGGAGCAGAAGAACAUGGGGGAGAAGGUCCCCAAGGUCUGGCUCAACAUGGAGAAGAAGAUCCUGGCGGCGAGAGCACAGACGAGCAUUCUACCCUGGAAGGUGAUCAAGGAUUUUGGCAUGGAAGUCGGAAUCUACGAUGAGAAAGACAUCCGAGAGGCGAUUCAGUUCCUGCAUGAGCUGGGCACCGUGCAGUACUUUGACAACGACUUCCUGCGGCAGCAAGUGGUCAUCAACCCACAGUGGAUUGUCAACGUCAUGUCCUGCGUGGUGUCGGUGAAGAACUCUCCUAUCCAGGACCACCAUGGCAGAUUUCUGCACCGCUACAUCCCGGACAUUUGGUGUUCUUACCCUGAAGAGCUCCACCAGUGGCUGCUGCAGCUCACGGAAGAGUUUGACCUGACCUUCCCGCUCCCCAAGGAAAACGUCAACAUAGUGCCUUGUCUUCUGCCGCAGGAAGUGCCCUCCGAGCUGGACUGGCCUGUGCUGGAUGAUAUGAAGGUGGUGAGAGAGACGAAGAUGGUGUACAAGUUUACCUACCUCCCUGCGGGUCUCUUCAACAGGGCUCAGGUUCGUCUGUUCCAGUUCUCGGACGGUAAAUUCAUCUGGAAGCGAGGCUCUCUGCUCAACAAGAACAAACAUCUGGCUCUGAUACAGCAGACAAGUGACUCAGAGCUGCUGGUCAAAGUUCAAGGACCCCGGCCCGAGAACGUCGUCUUGCUCAUCCAUGAAAUCUUCGAGUCCCUCAUCCAGGAGUCAUUCCACGGUGUCAUCUACGACUUCCUGCUUCCCUGCCCGGACUGCAUCAUGAAGGAGGGUACUUUGGAGCCUAGUCUGUUUGAGGGCAGCCUGGUCCGUCGUGCUCGAGAACACCGUGCGCCGUUCCUGCAGUGUCGAAAGUACUUCCAUACCAUCUCCAUGGCGCAGUUAUUCGAAAUCAUGCCGACAGACAGCGCCAGUGACUUUGACGCUCACCUCCAGAGCUCUCUGGCCAUCAUGCAGCAGCUGAGCCAAGGUCUGAGCACCGACUGUGCAGUAAUCUACAGCUCGCUGGAUGUGGCAGACGACAACGAUUCUGUCCGCAUCAACCCUGCCUGGGUCAAACGAGACCUGGAGAAGGCAGGCCUUUCAUGCUGGUUCUCAGAUGACAUGGACAACACUCUCGUGGAGGAUGUGAUGAUGGCGCUGAAAAACUGCAAGAUCGUGGUAGCGCUGGUGUCGGACAACUUUGAGAGCGACGACAAGUCACAUGACCUCUUGCUGUAUACGAUGGAUACGCUGAGCAAGAACUACAUCAUUGUGGUGGUGGGAGACAGCCUGGCCUGGCAGAACACGGACCUGGGGAUGAGGAUUGGCAAACAGGAGUCGAUGGUGAUGAUAAAGAACAAGUCACGGUACAGCAGCCGCGUGGAAGAGAUGGUGACGGGAGUGAAAGCGAAACUGGGCAGUAUUCACUCACAGGUCCAACAACAUCCCAGUGUGUUCAUUAGUUACUGCUGGACAAACUCGCAGCACGCUAAAUCCAGGGGAACUAACUGCCCCCCGGAGGCCCUGGGCUGGGGCGACCCGCGGGAGAUCAAGGAAAAAUUGGAGGAGAGGGGGCUCACGUGCUGGCUCGAUUUUGACCAACCGGCAGCGGGUAAAGGUUUGUUCAAAAACAUCACCGAGGGAAUCCGCAACUCCAAAGUGAUGGUGGCGUGUGUGUCUGAUGAGGUGGGCAUCCUGAUGCACCGUGCGAAGGCAGCCAAAGUUUUCUUCCAAGAGGAGAAUCCAGAGGCCAUGGAUGUGCUGGAGAAGUUCAUCAGGGAGAGACUUCCAGAGAAUUCUGAUCAGCUGAUUCAAAAGCAGACGGCUGAGAUCGCCAUGAGAACGCUGCAAGAACAGCAGAAGGAUCCCAAAAAGAAGAAGAAAAACACAAACUCUGCAAAUGUGGCCAUUAAGGAGGAGUACGAGCUGAUGCAGCGUAAAUUCAUGCGACACAUCAUCUCGUAUGUGAGCUCCAUGGACGUGGUGCCCGCCCCCAGGCUCAUCAUCAUCGACUUUGAGAAAGUUGCCAAGGGUGUUGUGAAGAAGAGCAGCCAGAACGACAUGGACAGCUCAGAAAGCCACUCCAAGCACAGCUCGCUGCGACCCACGCUACGACCCAAGACUGCCAGUAGGUCAUCCCGUCUCAUCAACGUGGUCCUUGACGAGGAAGAGGAGAAGUGGGAGGGUGAACCGUUCUGUCUCAAGGUCAUGUGUGAGCACGAGGAGGGCUGGCACAUCUGCAAGACGUCAAUGCCACUAAAGAUGAAUGAGGAGCUCAAGGGUCACCUCAAGGGUUGCUCCCCUUACAUGGCCAGGAUGUUUGCCAUCCUCAGACAAAGUGCCGUCUCCCUCAACUGUUUUGAAGGCCCGAUUGGCCAAAAGUUCACUCAGUGGAUUGAGCAGAAUGCAUUGGAACAUGUGAACUUCCUGGAAUCAUAUGGGGCUCUGAGGAACAAGCUUGUGGAGGACAGUGAGACUGAAAGUGGAAGUGUAGUCUGCCAGUUGCACAGGUGCCAUCUCCCAACUGGCAAGAUCUACUGGCUCUGCGACAAACAUUCCAAUGGUCCCCGCAUUGCCAAGCUGAGCACCGAGUCCGCCUCUUCCAGCGAGGUUGGGCGAGUUUUGUACGAAGAGGACACGAAGAUGCGGGACAAUCUAGAGCAAUCAGAGACCUACAAGCAGAAGAAAUCGGGCAGUAGACCCGUGAACAAAGUAGAACUGCCACCCUUGGACUUUUCAGUACCAGAGACAUCGGCGAAUGACGUCGAUGACAAAAUUCUGAUGGCUGCCUUAGCGGCAAACAAAGCUGCCGCUGAAAAUAACAAAGAAACGAAGAGACAGACAUCCGAACCAGCCAAUGAAAAAGACAACAAAGAAACAAAUCAGCAGUUGUUGGAGCCAGCGCCUUCUGGUCAAGCUAACCAAGGCAAGCGUCUGUCCGUCCACAACAGGAACUCGGCAAAGGGCAGCCCUUCACCUUCACCUUCGCCUCAGACAUCUGGAAGCCAGGCAGGAGGGACAACUCCGACGGGCUCGGCAAGCAGCAAGGCGAAGAGAACGAGCAUGAAGGGAGCGGCGUCGGCCGUCAGUGCCACGUCAAAGAACAACACCAGCAAGACUUGUGUGCUGCAGUGAGCUACUGGUCAGUACGGCUGGGCAAUGAGUCGCUUUAGCAAAUCCCGAAUAAUAUGUUAGUGCACCUUUUCGUUAAAUAAUAUGUUAUAAACCGAUUCGUCAAAUGGGUUAGAACCACUUUGACAAACCUCUUGGCAUAACUCCAACAAAUGGGUGCACCCGCUUCGGUAAACAGGUCAGGAAAAAGAGUUAAGAGUUUGAAUUUGGAUAAUGUCUUAUUAAGGAUUAUCAGAUUUUCCGGAUAUUUUUCCGGAUUUUGCCCACCUCUACUGGUCAGCCCAAGCUGUUCCUGUCUGUCUGACGUUGUCUACUCAAGCUUGUACAGUAAAACACUCAGUAUAACGUACACCCUUCAGACCCCAGAUUUUGAACAUCUUAACUCUUUAUCUCUGUUUGGGGGGGGGGGGGGACCCACUAUGCCCUGGUCCUAUUUUGGUACAAAAUCUUAAAUUGAUAUAUAUAUAUAACUGUAAAAAAAACAAAAUAAGUGAACCUAUUUUGAUAGCUCUUCCUCAAAUGAAUGAUUUCCCGGUAAAAGAGACUUGUUUUUGGCAAUUGCCGAAAAGUAAUUUGAUGUCGAAGUUGUCGUGAAGGAAUGCGCCCAAGUCUCUGUCAGUGGCUCAUCGGCACAGUAGUUCCGACUGCGAGUUGCUGGGAGCGGCUUGCCAGAGAUAAAGUGUUAAAGUGAUACGUCAAAAAAGAGUGAAAAUGUAAGAUGGGACUUGUGGGUUCUGAAAGUGAAUGCUACAGCCGAUAUUGUGCUUUAAGCCGUGUACAUUAUAUCAAGGUGUUACUGUAUUCAAAGUUCAGAUUUCGUCUUUGAAAAACUUGUCAAAAUUUUCCAUCCUUGUAAGCCGAAGCGUUGAUCUGAAAUUGUCUUCAAAAGCCUUGUUCAGAGUUUCAGAUAUUGCCUUUGCAUGUUUUGUUUGAGUUUGAAUGACUGCCUGCCUCACCAUUGUUCACACUUUUAGACAUUGUCCUUCUAGUCUCUUGUUCAGACUACUGGAUGUUAAACUUUAAAAGUCAUGCUAUGAGUUUAUUAUAUUGUUUUCAAAAGUCUAACGUGAAUAUUUAGACUUAGCCUUGUAAACCUUUGCUCAAACAAUCAGACAUUGUCUGAAAAUGCAUUGCUGGAUCAGCUCACAAAAUAAUCUCUUCUAAAUCCCAGUUCAGACCUUUGUACUUAGUCUUCUAAAGACUGAAGGUUUCUGACCACAAAAGUCCAUUCUUGUUUUCUGCCAUUUAAAGUGAUUUUAAUCAUAGAGACUAAUAACGCUGCUAAGAACUUUUCUGUAUGUCUACUUUAUCAAACAUAUUUAUGAAAAGAAACGUUUUCUGCUAUCCCAAGCUGCAACAUGAUAUGGCAAGGUGGAAGAUUCACGGGGAUAGUAAUGUCAGACAGUUAGAUAGCAUCAGAGUCUGCAAUGUACAACGUAACUGUUCCUUGGGUUUGUUUGGAUUGGGAGGGGGGGAGGGGGGAUUAAAUCUGUCUACAACAUAUGUUCUGAGAUGGAAAAGCAUGUUCUGAGCUUCUGUCUGACAUGUCAAUAUUGACAGGAAUAACCUUAGUCAAUUUCUUGUUCAUGUAGAUUUCUACAAAACCGUAAUGUAUGAUUCAUCUUGAGACAACAAAAUAUUUGUGUCUAAUUUCGUGGUUUUGUAGCAUAACCCAAGCAUACAUUACUUGGAUGUUCGAGCACUUUUUGUUCAAAUAAUCUUUAGAAAAACUAUUUUGAAUUAUCUAUGCACUUUUUAUUGACUUUUCCAAAGUUUUUGAUCUCAUAAAACGGGCAUUUUAGCAUUUUAUCCCUAUAUUAUCUUGAUCAUUGAUAUUUUCUAUACGCUUUUUGAUAGACUCUCACUUUUUGUGAGAUAGUUUAGAUCUCUGCUCAAAUUGUUUGCUCUACUGCUGACAUUUUUCUGUCGGGGGAUCUUCUAUCGCAGAGCAAGGGGGAUGGGGCAGGGGGUGGGGAAUGUGGACCCUCAAACUCAAAGCAUUUAUUGCUUGGAUAGAUUUCUUUCAAUCUUUUCACUGCAGUUUUUGCUUUCAGUGUUUGUAGCUGCCUCACUGAUGACUAGCAUAGUCUGUGAUAAAGAUACAUGCUGCUGCUGAAGUUUGUGAAACCCUUUUUGUUUUUACGUAUACAUUCAUACAUGAUGUAUAUAUUAUAUUAUAUAUACCUUUGAUAUAAAUAUUAUAUACAUUCCUUCCAAAUGUGACAAAGCUAUGCAUACUUUAACUCCAUCCAGCAGCCUAGCUCCCUGUUGCACAACCUGACACGUGUUGGAAGGGGGCUUAAAAAAUUGAACGAGAAAUACCCUAACUGCUCCUGUUUUUAUGUCUUAAUUGUUUGUUUUUAUUGAUUGUUGAUGGCAUCGUUGUUAUUGGUCUGUAUCUAACAUUGUGGGGCGCUUUUGCCUUCAGCUCAAAGCCAUGUAAUUUUAUAUAUAGUGUUGUCAGCGUACAGGAUACAAGUGUGUGGUUGGAGGGUGCUCUUGUGUGAUUUAAGAUAAGAUAAGAUAGUAC